AAACAUAAAAAUCUUAGUAAUGUUUUAUUUUUUCCGAAUUGAAAGAUUACAGAACCAUUGAGUUUUCGGCUCUUCAACGAUGGCUAUGAAAUUGAAUCUUAGUGUAACUUUAAGCCUAGGAUUGAAUCCAUUUCCCAAAUUCAAUUCAAAGAAGCUCCAUGCAUAUGGCUGUAGAAGAGGUCUCCAUGUUUCCCGCUCUUCUCUUGUGGAGGAACAGCAGCAAUCUAUCUCUUUCUCUAAACCCGAAACUCACUUGAUUGAUGCCCUUAUUGGGAUCCAAGGCCGAGGCAAAUCCGCAUCUCCUCAGCAACUGCAGGAAGUGGAGAGCGCAGUGAAAGCUUUAGAAGGUUUAGAAGGCGUUCCUGAACCAACAAGCUCAGAUUUAAUUGAAGGUUGCUGGCAAUUGAUGUUUACAACUAGACCAGGGACAGCAUCUCCAAUUCAGAGAACAUUUGUAGGUGUUGACUUCUUUAGUGUAUUUCAAGAGGUAUACCUUAAGACAAAUGAUCCACGUGUAUCUAACAUUGUAAGGUUCUCAGAUGCAAUAGGUGAGCUAAAGGUGGAGGCAGCAGCAGCAAUUGAAAAUGGAAAACGGAUCAUAUUUCGAUUUGACAGAGCAGCAUUUUCAUUCAACUUUUUACCAUUUAAAGUUCCCUAUCCAGUGCCAUUCCGGCUUCUUGGUGAUGAAGCAAAGGGUUGGUUGGACACUACAUACUUGUCCCCAUCCGGAAACCUUCGCAUAUCAAGAGGAAAUAAGGGCACCACAUUUGUGCUGCAAAAAAAAACUGAACCCAGGCAAAGAUUGCUUGCAGCCAUUUCUACAGAAACACAAGUCAGAGAGGCAAUAGAUGAGUUCGUAUCUCUAAAUAAGAACACUGCUAAAGACGAAAUAGAACUCCUCGAUGGAGAAUGGCAAAUGAUAUGGAGUUCACAGACGGAGACAGACAGUUGGAUAGAAAAUGCUGCCAAUGGUCUUAUGGGCAAGCAGAUUGUCAAAAAUAAUGGACAACUGAAGUUUGUGGUAGACAUCUUGCUUGGGCUUAGAUUCUCCAUGACUGGAACAUUUGAGAAAUCUGGGACAAACAAAUACAAUGUUAUAAUGGAUGAUGCAGCGAUCAUUGCAGGCCCUUAUGGAUAUCCUUUAGAGAUGGAAACCAAGAUUAACCUAGAGCUGCUGUAUACUGAUGAAAAGAUCAGAAUUAGCAAGGGGUAUAAUGGCAUUGUUUUCGUGCAUGUACGGACAGAUGGAACAAAGCAGGAAUAGGCCAAUGGUGUAUCAAAAGAAAGAGUAAAAUUUUAUGGUACUUUAACUUGUACAUCCAUAGCAACAGGCCAAGGGAAAACAUGAAACUAAUAAGCUUUUUUGUUCUGUAUGUAAUUAUAAUUACAAGUGAUAUUGCCAUGUAGCCAAGCUAACUCAGAAAGGCUAGUAUUUUCGGCCUUGUUUGGUAUAUAAUGAGCUAUUUGUUGAAAACUGCUUAUGAGGAAGUUCAUUUCCCAAGAGAUAUUGUGUGUUCAGUUA